GCGAGCAGCGGCGGCGGCGCGGAGAAGCGCAGCGGAGGUUUUCUGGUUUCGGACCCCAGCGGCCGGAUGGUGAAAUCCUCCCUGCAGCGGAUCCUCAACAGCCACUGCUUCGCCAGAGAGAAGGAAGGGGAUAAACCCAGCGCCACCGUCCACGCCGCCCGCGCCAUGCCGCUCCUCAGCCUGCACAGCCGCGGAGGCCGCAGCAGCGAGAGUUCCAGGGUGUCUCCUCACUGCUGUAGUAACCUGGGUCCAGGGCCUCGGUGGUGCUCCUGAUGUCCCUCACCCACCCCUGAAGAUCCCAGGUGGGCGAGGGAAUAGUCAGAGGGAUCACAAUCUUUCAGCUAAUUUAUUUUACUCUGAUAAUCGGCUGAAUGUAACAGAGGAACUAACGUCUAACAGCAAGACGAGGAUUCUGAACGUCCAGACCAGGCUCACGGGCUCCAAACACAUUAACUGGAGAGCGGUGCUGAGCGGCGGCUGCCUCUACAUCGAGAUCCCAGGCGGCGCCCUGCCCGAGGGCAGCAAGGACAGCUUCGCAGUUCUUCUCGAGUUCGCGGAGGAGCAGCUGCACGCCGCCCACGUCUUCAUUUGCUUCCAUAAGAACCGCGAUGACAGAGCCGCCUUGCUCCGGACCUUCAGCUUUUUGGGCUUUGAGAUUGUGAGACCGGGGCAUCCCCUUGUCCCCAAGAGACCCGACGCUUGCUUCAUGGCCUACACGUUUGAGAGAGAGUCUUCGGGAGAGGAGGAGUAGUGGCAGUGCCGCCUGCGGCCCUUGUGCUCUGCCGCCGCCGGAGCCCUGGACCGCGGUCCCUUUGCCUGUCGUGCUUUGUGCGGGUGGCGGACCGACGGCUGUGCUGGGGGCGCCGACGGCAGGCCUGCUCAUCUCUGCUGGGUUUGUCCGCAUGUUGUAAUUGUGCAAAUAAACGCUCACUCCAAAUUAGCGGUAUAUUUCUUGAAGUUUAAUAUUGUGUUUGUGAUACUGAAGUAUUUGCUUUAAUUCUAAAUAAAAGUUUAUAUUUUACUUUUUUAUUGCUGGUUUAAGAUGAUUCCGAUUGUCCCUGUAUUUGGAGGAGGAGUUUCUUAUUUGAAGGCUCUUGGAAAUCUUAGGUCUCUUACCUUGAAAAGAUAGGUGUUAAUCUACCCUUCUAGUGCUCUGAAAACUGAAUAAAAGUGAUGACACCUCCAA